GUGAUUAUUUUUGUAUUCACUGACACUGAAUGGAUGCACAGUAUUUGGGUUCCCAGCCAACUGACUGCUGCCGUGUAUUGGAGGAGGUUCGGUUGAACCGGUUUACUUUUUAAAGAUACUGGCGACUCUCUGUACAGUGUAGAGCACACACACACACAGCCAUGUCUCCAUCAGUACCCCUCCAGGAGAUGAUCCGGGCCAUCAGGUCAGCAAGGACACAGUGUGAGGAACGAGGUGUCAUCCAAAGGGAGUGUGCAGCCAUCCGGGCACAGUUCAGACAAGCUGACAAUGGGGGGCGAUCGCACAACCUGGCCAAGCUGCUCUACGUGCACAUGUUGGGCUACCCCGCUCACUUUGGUCAGAUGGAGUGUGUUCGGAUGAUAGCCAGCCCUCGGUACAGCGAAAAGCGUGUGGGAUAUCUGGGAGCCAUGAUGCUGCUGGAUGAGAAGCAGGAUGCCAGUUUGCUCAUCACCAACUCCAUCAAGAAUGACCUUUCUCACAGUAACCAGUAUGUUCAGUCUCUGGCUCUGUGCACGCUGGCCUGUAUGGGUUCAGCUGAGAUGUGCAGAGAUCUGGCACCAGAGAUCGACAGGCUGCUCCGAGCCUCCAACUCCUACAUAAAGAAGAAGGCUGCUCUGUGUGCGGUUCACAUUGUGAGAAAAGUCCAUGAUCUUGGGGAGCUUUUUGCUCCUGCCGCUCGCUCCCUACUCUCUGAGAAGAACCAUGGUGUGUUGCAUGGUGCUGUGGUGCUCAUCAUUGAGCUGUGUGAGCGGAAUCCAGAAACACUUGAGCGGUUCAGAAAGACAGUGCCAGAUCUGGUUCAGAUCAUGAAAGGUCUGGUCCUUUCAGGUUAUUCUCCAGAGCAUGACGUGGCAGGAAUCAGUGAUCCCUUCCUACAGGUACGCAUCUUGAGGCUGCUGAGAAUCCUCGGUCGCAACAACGAAGGAGCCAGUGACGCUAUGAACGACCUACUAGCUCAGGUGGCAACCAACACUGACAGCACCAAGACUGUAGGCAAUGCUGUGCUGUAUGAGACUGUUCUCACUGUGCUAGACAUCAAGUCAGAGAGCGGCCUCAGGGUUCUGGCUGUGAACAUCCUGGGACGAUUCCUCCUGAACAAUGACAGGAACAUUCGGUACAUCGCCAUGACCUCUCUUCAGAAGAUCGUUGGGACAGACCACAAUGCAGUGCAGCGCCACCGGGGAACCAUAGUGGACUGCCUGAAGGACCAGGACGCGUCUGUCAAGCGCCGUGCAUUGGAGCUCUCUUUGGCGCUGGUGUCAGCCUCUAACAUCCGCUCCAUGAUGAAGGAGCUGCUCCUCUUCCUCUCCUCCUGCCCCCCUGAGCUCAGGGCUCAUGCUGCCAGCGGCAUAUUCAAUGCUGCUGAGAGGUAUGCACCCUCCCAGCGCUGGCACAUUGACACCAUCCUGCAUGUCCUCACCACGGCAGGGGGCGAUGUGAGAGAUGAAACGGUGCCCAACUUGAUCCAGCUCAUCACCAAUGCCUCAGAGCUGCACUGUUACACCGUCCACAAGCUCUACAGGGCUCUGCUCACUGACAUCUCUCAGCAAUCCCUGGUGCAGGUCGCAUGCUGGUGUAUAGGAGAGUAUGGAGACCUGCUGCUGAGAGGAGAGUGUCAGGAGACUGAGCCUGUUCAGGUAACUGAAGACGAUGUCCUGGACGCCUUGGAAACUGUUCUGCAGUCCCACAUGUCAUCCCCAGGGACCAGAGGCUUUGCUCUCACGGCCACCAUGAAACUAAGCACACGCAUCACUGAAAAUGUGGAUCGCAUCAGGAGCAUCGUCAGCAUCUAUGGCAGCUGUAUAGAUGUGGAGCUCCAGCAGAGGGCAGUUGAAUACAAUGCUCUGUUCAAAAAAUAUGACCACAUGAGGGCAGCAGUGCUGGAGAGGAUGCCUGUGAUCGAAAAGAACUCCCCGGGUCAUACCAACGGAGAGUCAACAGGGGAGGCCAUCAAGGACACCCAAGCAGUCAGAGUAAAGCAGGGAGAGCCACUGUUGCUACAACAACCCACUAGCCAGGUGUGUGAUCUCUUGGACCUGCUGGGAGGCUCUGAGGAGGCUCUACAGCCCAGCCCAGCAGUAGCUGGUACAGCACCUGGCCUGCCCAUCAACACAGCCAGUACUGCUGGAGGAGACCUCCUGGAUCUGCUGGGAGGGUUAGAGCCUACACCCAUUGCACCAGCUCCCACAGUACCGGUGUAUGAGAAAGACGGUGUGGCUUUGACAUUAAGUUGCGAGAAACAGUCAGACACAAGCCUGACAGUCACACUAACAGCCUCCAACUCCACUGACUCAGACAUCAGCAGCUUCACCCUGCAGGCUGCAGUGCCCAAGAGUGUCCAGUUACACAUGAAGGCUCCCAGUGGGGACUCUCUUCCUGCACGGGGCACAGCUAAAGUGACCCAGAUGGUCGUCCUCAACAACCCAAACAAGGUGAACCUGAAGAUGAGAGUCCGUAUAUCUUACACCAGCCAGGGCUCAGCCUUUCAGGAUACAGUCCAGAUCGACUCCUUCCCUGGACUCAAUGCUGCCGGCCACUGACAGCAGCCACUCAGUGCAACAGGACUAUGACAGCAGUCUGUGGAUGAGUCAGCAGGUCUCGCCCGUCACUGACGGAAGGGGAUUUUUUUGUCUGCCGUCACACCCUGUACACUACCGUCCAAGCUGCUGUUUCUGAAAUUCCUGAUUUUGUUGGUGUUUUUACGGCUGAAGAACACUGUUGUUUCACAGGAAAUCACAGCCUAAUACAUGAACUCACAUAGUUUAUCCUCUCCUCUGGAAUCCAAGUGUAAAUGUGACUGAUUACAUUAUUUGAUAUCGCACAAGCUUUGAAAUAUUCCCAUAUCAUAAGGAAAUACUAAAAUCUGAAUAGUUUAUCUGGGAUUUUUGCAAUGACCAAUGUCCGUAGAAACUUUGUACCAUCCAGGUUCUUUUUUUAAAGCUGACUGUAGUUGUUUCACUCCAUAAAUAUGUACUUUGAUGUGGCUCCUCUCAGUCAGUAUGCGCCACCAGAGGAGUUGUCCUCACAUUGCACUUGGUUCUUCUCUUUGAAGUGAUUUGCUUUAUGAAAUAUUUGCCUUUAUUUAAUCUUCACAUUGUUUAAAAGCAGCUAAACACUAAUGACCCACCACUAUUAUUAUAAAAUGCUCAAUUCCAGUACACUUGAUUUUACUGGGAAACACAAGGGCAUGAUUUGAGAUUGAAGGGUGAAGGAUUUUAAACACAACCUCGUGUAUUGUAUAUUUUUAAAGCCUCAUUCAGCUCAGAGAAUCCUCCUCCUAAUUAAUUCUCUUGUGCCUUUCAUCCCCUCAAGAACUCAUGUACAUAAAAAAAAUGCAAUUAUAUUUGGUUUUGGAGGCCAAGAAAUUGUUUUGAAUGUUAAGUGGUGUAGUCCUAUUAACAUGUUUUUAUCAUUCCUAUUUAAGCAUGCUUUUCCUGACCAGUAUCCCCUUGUCCACUGUUUACAAAGGCUCCUGAGUUUUUUUAAUUUCUGAAGAGUGUGUAUAGUGAUACCAGAAUAAUGGGCGUGAUAGUGUAUACAAGAUGUAUAUUUUAGAGUUUAAGUAUAUAAGCACAAUAACAAGAGGUUUAAGUCUAUGGAAAAUCUCUAAUACAACCCUUUGUUGUAGAAGGACAAAGCAGUGGGCUGUAAAACACCUUUAGAUGAAGCCGGUGUAUCACCUCAGUAAUUUGAUGACUCAUCUCAUAAUCAUGGACCUCUAUUAAAAACACUCUGGAUACUGGAUGUCAGCAAUGGUGCUCUAAAUGGAUUUCCGUGCAAUCUUUACCAGACUGUUUGAGAUCUCUACCUUCACUAAACUGUAAAGAAAAGACCAGGAUGAGUAUUCUGUCAACUGUGUCUUUAAAUCUUGUGUUUCAUGUCAUUUUCUAAUAAAAAUCAGUUUUCAGAAUCCUCA